AAGGACACAGGAAGGGGCUGGAUCAGCUGAGAGGUUCUGGCUGGAUGCUGGGAGGAGGGGAGGCAGGAAAGGGGUUGAAUAAAGAACCAAGGGACCAGAGACUGAGCAUCUCCUGGCGGUGACAGAGGGGGCACAGGAGGCAAUAUUACCUGCCCUACAAUCCAGGAGCCCAGGCUGAACAGCUGAUUCACCCCUGGCACAGGCUGCACCGAGAAGAGACCUUUAUUAGAGGGGGGACUUUCUCUGGCGGCUGCAAUCAGCCCCCAGGGCAGCCCCGGACACCAGCUCCUGACCCGGAGACUCCAGGCAGAGUCUAGCAGAUCUGUCUGCAGAGGAGAGCAAGCUGUGGAAAUCAAUUCUUGCAAUGGAUGCCGUUGUCUUUUGCUUGACAGCUCGACGAGCGCUGGUAGCUAUUGAUGUCCAAGCUUCUUGCCAACUCAGCAUUUUCCAUUGACAUCAGAGGAAUCACAGCUCUUCCUCUGGAGCGGGAUCUCAAAGGGCAGCAGGAAAACAGCUUGGAGCCCAUUUUCAGCCCCCUGUUCCCUGUCAUCCCUCUCUCUCUUGACAGGCAACAGAAUAACAGCUGUGUUCGGGCCCAGAUCGUCCCAUCCUUGUAGCAGACGGGGAAGGGAAAUGGCUGCAGCAGAUUCAGCUCAGGGUCCAGUGACCUUCAGGGAGGUGGCCCUGUAUUUCACUGAUCCCAGUCAGAGAGCCCUCUACAGGGAAGCCAUGCAAGAGAACUAUGAGAGCGGCUCCCUUCCGGGAACAGGCUCUCCGGUUCCCCAGCCAGAGGCAGUCUCCCAGCUGAAAUCAGAAGAAAACCCAUGGGUCCAGGACCUCCAGGGCUGUGAGGUGAGGGAGAUCCCCAGCAGUGCCUGCACAGAUAAGGGGACAGCGAGCAAGAAUGAAGAUGAGGGCCCUGAGCAUGCAGAGCCAGACAAGCUGUUGUUGGGAAGCUCCAAAGGAGACAUUUCCCAGUGUCUUGAUGAGGAUCAGGCUUGCGAGAGCCCUCGGGGGGAAAACCAGGCCUGCCUAAGGGAGUCUUUCUUGACGUCUCGCACUGAGGCCCUAACCCACAAGAGCCUGCGCCCCCGGGAGAGGCCCAGCCCCUGCCAGGACUGUGGGAAGAGUUUCCAGCAGCGGGUCAACCUCUUGGCCCACCAGCGCAGCCACACGGGCAAGAGGGCUCACCCAUGCCCAGAUUGCGGGCGACGCUUUGGGGCCUUCUCCAAUCUCCUGCGGCACCAACGGGCACAUGUGGGCGAGAAGCCCUACCAGUGCCCUGACUGCGGGAAGGGCUUUGGGCACAGCUCAGCCCUGGUGACCCACCGGCGCAUCCACACAGGGGAGAAGCCAUACCGCUGCCCUGACUGCGGCAAGCGCUUCAACGUGGUCUCCAAUCUGGUCCGCCACCAGCGAAGCCACACAGGGGAGAAGCCCUACACGUGCCCUGACUGUGGGCGGCGCUGCAGCCAGCGUUCCCACCUUGUCACCCACCGGCGGCUGCACACAGGUGAGCGCCCCUAUGCCUGCCGGGACUGCGGCAAGAGCUUCAAUGUCAGUUCUGACCUCAUCAAGCACCGGCGCACCCACACUGGGGAGCGCCCCUAUGCAUGUGGGGACUGCGGCCGGCGCUUUAGCGGCAGCUCCAACCUCAUCACUCACCAGCGCCUGCACACGGGCGAGCGCCCCUAUGUGUGCCCCGACUGUGGCAAGGGCUUCACCAUCAGCUCCAAGCUCAUUGCCCACCAGCGCACCCACACUGGAGAGCGCCCCUACGCAUGCACAGACUGCGGCCGGGGCUUCAGCGACCGGCCCCACCUGGUGCGGCACCAGAGCACCGCCCGCCGGGAGAAGCGCUACACAUGCUCAGACUGCGGGAAGGGCUUCACCACCAGCUCCUACCUGCUCACCCACCAGCGCAGUCACACGGGUGAGACGCCCUUCAUUUGUGGGGACUGUGGGAAGAGCUUCGCCGUGGUCUCUAACCUGGUGCGACACCGGCGAGUCCACACGGGGGAGAAACCCUUCCGGUGUGGGGAAUGUGGGCGGCAGUACAGCCAGCGGGCUCACCUUACCACCCACCAGCGCGUCCAUACUGGCGAGCGCCCCUACGUCUGCCUGGACUGCGGGAAGGGCUUCAAUGUCAACUCCUCCCUCACCAAGCACCGGCGUGUCCACACCGGAGAGAAGCCUUAUGUCUGCCCAGACUGUGGCAAGCGCUUCAGCCAGAGCUCCAAUGUCAUCACCCACCGCCGCCUGCACCAUGGGGAGGACACCCAGCAUGCCCUGGACCAGACCCGGCAGCAGGAUUGAGGCCCAGGCAGAGCCAGGAGAAGGAUGAAUCCUGUUCCAGAGGUUUGCAUCUGUUCAUGAUGGCGCAGGAACAAGGGAAAGGAUUUCACUUGGCCAGCGCUAGUUUUGGUGCCAAAGUCUAGAAUUCUUGACUGCAUGGAGCUGGUCAGCUGCAGAUGCAUCUGUUUAGGCUUCCCUGCUUCCUGGUAAUCAGAGAGAGAGAGAGAGAUUGCCCUCACUGCCACCACCGCCACCAGUCGUUCCAUCCCCCUGGAGUUACGACUGCCCAUUCCGCAUGGCGCCCACCUUAUCCCUCCCCUCCUGCUGGGGGGACAAAGAGCUCCAUGCCCCUCCCCUCCAGACAUGUUUCUGCAAUCACUUUUGCUCCCCAACUUCUUGCCACAUCUGGGACACUUCCCAUCACAUUAAUAAAACUCCUGCCCCCCACAGGCAACUUGUGCUUGCUUGCAAACCGCCGGCAGCCUUGGACUGGGGUUGUGCACAGAUGAGUGCAAGGGGGCCUUGCAGCAGGCCUAAGGGCCAAGUCAGAUGUGUUCAGGGGAUGAAGAGUAUGGGGUGGCAUUUUGGGGAGGCAGGAGGGGCCUGAUGAAAGAGGCAGGAAGGAGCACAAGACAGGAGCCUUCAGUGGUGCAAAUGACCUGAGUUGUAUAGGAGGGAUUGUGGCUGCCUUAAAAGCCCUUGCUCUCCCCAUCUGUACUUCUCAGGUUCCCCUUUUUAAUGACAAGAAAACUGAGGUACAGAGGGGUGUAGUGACUUGCCCAAGAUCACCCAGCCAGGCAGUGGCAGAGUCAGAACUAGAGCAAAGUUCUCCUGAGCCCCCAAUCCAGGGUGCUUCCUGCUGGAUUUUCCUGCCUUGCCUUACAGGUUCUGUGUUACUGCUUCCCACCCCAACACACCUGGGCUGGAUCCUUCCUGGUUUUAACCCUUGGGGGAAAACUGUAGUUCCUGUGAACAAGCAUUUGAAAGUUUUAACAGAACUCUUUUUGCUGGUGGGAUCAACCCCUCCUCUUCUUCCCACUCCCUCCUGAGCAAUUGGCCUUGCUAACACAGAUGUUCACAGAAGCUGCUUCCUGACUCAUCUGUGAUGUCUACUUGAGGAAACCAAGUUUGUGACCCUCUGGUGUGAUUAUUCACACCAGAAGCCAUGACCCACUUACCCUGCUGGGGGUCAGAGAGGCCACAUGAUUGUUCCCAGUGCAUCAGUGCUUCAAAGCAGUGCCAGGGCGUGUGCAUCAUCUGAAGAGUUAAAUAUGUGGAAUCAGAGAUUCACUGAGCCCUUGGGAAUCGAGCAUGGUCUUAAUGGAGCCAGAAGGGGUGGGUAGGGGAGGAAGGGCCAUGUGCUGCUUGCAGGUGAUUGGAAAGGUUGGAGGCUGAGGGAGAGGACAACUCGGAGCUUUCCUUGGGCUGUUUAGCACGUGGGUUGGAUCAUGCCACAGUAGCAUAGGGCCGUGAUGUGAAGGCCCUGUGCCUCUUAUAAAAAGGUGCCUCCCCUCCAGUUUUCCUGCCUCCACUGGGUCACACAACAAAGAACUGGAAAGUACUUGUAGGCCCCUGAGCUCCCCGUUCCCUUUGCCAUUCAGGCUGCCUAAGUGUAAAUGCCAGGCAUGUUGCUAAAGAUGGACCUGCCAGCCACAUUGUAAAACAGGACCACAUCCAUUUCAUAGUUCAGGAAGACAGCCCCAGACUGGGUCUCACACCCUCCUGCCUGGACUGACCCUUCCUAACAUCCCCAGGAGCCUCUCCAUCUCUGCAGCCCUCACACGGUCCCCUCCAACCCCCUUUGUCCCUUUCCUCUUUGAGGUCCUAGUUCUUCCCCACCCAGCUAUGUCCACACCCAGUUCUACAUACCAUAGGACUCUGGCCCUCUUCUGCGGUGGGCAACUUGGGAUCACAGCAUUCAAUCCUACUCCCUCCCUACUGCCUCCCAACUGUUUUCUGUCAUGUAAUCGCAAGUACCAGGACCACGCUUUCUUCCUAGACCUCUCACACCAACAUCAUUGGUAGCAGCAUCAAUUCUGGAGUCUCAUGAUCAGGCUCCUGCUGUGGGAUGUUUUUAUUAUAAUUUUCAUGAAACCUUGUGAAGGGAAUAAAAAAGAACAAAAGAUGAACAGCUAGAAGAGAAACAGUGAUGGGCUAUGGAUAGAUUCCCAAAUACCUACUGUAAGCCCUGACCACCAGCCCCUCGGAUGCCUUAAGGACAGGAGGAAGCCUGUGAUACCAAACUUUCACGCACAACAUGAAGGUCACUAACAUGCCAAGAGGGUCCACUGGCUUG